UAUUUACCAUUUUGAUGUUGCUCUAACACAUUGUAACUUUCAAAGUCCAUCUUUUAAAAAAUAAAUUACUCUAUAAAAUAUUUGUGAACUAGGAGUCUUGAUGUAAUUUUUGACACCACUAAUUCAUAGCAAUUUUGUAUACAUCAUAGAAGGAACAUUGUGUUGUUUACCUACCCUAAAAGAUGAGGGAAAUUGUAUUUUCUAAAGUACUUUUGAGCAGUAUUUUUUAAUGUAGUUUAAUAAAGGUCAGACACUGAUUUUAAAUAUAAGAUUUUGAUAUUUUUUAAAUCUUGGGACAUUAAUCAAGGUACCUAGAAACUCUAAACUUAAGUGGCUUCAUCUUUCAAUUAACCUGUUUUGGGAUUUACUCUUAGAUUGUUGGUUUUUAACAGAUAAAUUUUACCACACAGAAGCCUCUAGAGAAAACAACAACAAAGCAAUCAAAUAUUAAGACAAGUUUUUAGGACUUACAGUGAGAAUUACCUUUAAUGUUUUGAACAAAUAAAUUUGCUAUUGAAUGAAGUCAAAACAGAGGUAGCCCUAUUACAAUCCAUGGAGAUUUGAGUAACUACAGAGUGAAUGUCUUCCCCUCUACCGUGUAUUCAAUACAUAUGUAUAAAUAAUACAUACAUUUUUUCCUAUAAGUUUAAAACAUUGAAUUUAAAACAUUAUAAUUUAACAAUUUCUUCCUAUUUGCUUUCAGUAUAAGGUAAAUCCACUUUUUAAAAUGUGACAUGAAAUAUACUAGAAAGCAGUUUGCCAGCAAAAUUUAAUGGCCUUAGUGUGGGUUCUGAACUCCAAUUAUUUUUAACCCUCUAGAUUAUAUAUUUAAUACUCUCUUUUCUUUCUGUUCUCUUUAUCCCAUUCCAUUACCACUUAGGAAAUAAGCUUGUCAAUUUAAUCCCAAGAUUUUGUAGAAGGUGCUGUAUGAGGAGGGGGGGCCUUUAUUCUCAAGCUUCUGUGGCUCCGAAUUAGUAAAUAUGUCCAAUCAGUAAAUAUUUCCCUUGUGGAGAAAAAUGCAAUUUACUGUGAAUAUCUUUGUUUGUGUAGUCGUUAUAGAAUGUGAGUUUGAAACAAGGCCUUAGUCUGAAUGCCCAGCACAGAGAGGUUAAGUCAUCUAUAGCUGCCUGUUAAUGGCAGUCUUCCAUAAAAGUAGUGCCAGUCUUUGGUUCACUUUGAGUUAAUCGUUGGGUUAACUAUACCAGACUUGUAAUGGCUACAGUAAAAUCUGCAUAACAAAAGCUAGUAGAUUUCUCUAUGUGUAGGAAAAUAAAUAUUCAUUGAAUACCUUCUCUUUACAGAAAAAAUGCUGCUAUGAAGACAUAAUUAUAACUUUUGCAUAAAUGAAGUUACAACCAUCAUGAUUUAGUGCUGCCCAAAGGAAGAAAUUCAGUGGAAAAGAGGGUAUUUCUGGGGAUAGUAGAAUGCGUGUGACCUGAAUUUAAACUUGAGCUACUGCCUGAAGUACUACUCCAUACUAAACAUACUGCAUAAAGGAAAAUUUUGAGCUUUGAAUUCCCAGAAGACAGUAGGAAAGAAGUUACCUUUCUUCCAUUUGGAAAAUUCCAGUCUGGUCAAAGUUCUGAACUAUUAAACAACAGAAUAAAAUGGAAUUGAAUAUGAUAUCAGCAUGGAACAAUCUGUUGAUUCAUUAAAAGUCAACCAUAAUGAUUCUGAAGAGUCAAAAACAGAUUCUCAGCCUCUAACCUAUAUGGACCCCAGUGAGCCUUCUUUUGGACAAGAUGGUUCGCCUGGAGUUUUACCCGUUACUACUCCUGAAGAGGACAGUUCACUCUCAUCUCAGAAUAUACCAGGGCCCCUGACUCAGACACAGACCCUCUCUGCAGAGCAAUUCCAUUUAGUGGACCAAAAUGGGCAACCUAUUCAAUAUGAGCUUCAGUCAUUGGGGGAUUCUAACACACAAAUGAUGAUUGUUGCCAGCCCAUCAGAAAAUGGACAGGUGCUGCGUGUAAUUCCAUCUCCCCAGGCAGGAAUGACACAAGUGAUUAUACCUCAGGGACCACUUGUGGAUGAGAAUAGUCCUCAAGAUGUCUCUGAAGAGAAACCCAGUGACAGAGACUUACCAGCUGUGAGAGUGGAUGCUCUAGCAAACAGUAACAGUAGUUACAUUCUUCAUCCACAGGCAUCCCUCACAUUGCCCAAAAAGACAGUGACCAGGAUACUUGAAGAACCUCUUUUGGCUCCACUCCAGCCACUUUCUUCUAACACACCUAUAUGGGCCUGCCGUCUUAGGAGCUGUGAGAAAAUUGGAGAUUCAUACCGUGGCUACUGUGUAAGUGAAACUGAAUUGGAAAGCAUCCUAACAUUUCACAAGCAGCAAACACAGAGUGUUUGGGGGACACGCCAGUCUCCGAGCCCAGCCAAGCCAGCUACGCGCUUGAUGUGGAAAUCCCAGUAUGUCCCAUAUGAUGGAAUCCCAUUCGUCAAUGCAGGGAGCAGAGCUGUGGUAAUGGAGUGUCAGUAUGGGCCGAGGAGGAAAGGUUUCCAGUUAAAAAAAAUUGGGGAGCUGGAAAAUAGGUCUUGUCAGCUCUACAAAGCCACUUGUCCAGCCCGGAUUUACAUUAAGAAAGUACAGAAAUUUCCUGACUAUAGAGUUCCUACAGACCCCAAAAUUGACAGGAAGAUAAUCCGAAUGGAGCAGGAGAAAGCCUUUAACUUGCUGAAGAAGAACUUGGUGGAUGCUGGUGGUGUUCUUAGGUGGUAUGUACAGUUACCUACUCAACAAGCUCAUCAGUAUCAUGAAUUAGAGACUCCCUGCCUCCCUUUAUCAUCUUCCUCCUUUCCUAUAUCUUCUCUUGAAGAAGAAGAAACUGCAAUUAGAGAUGAGAAUUGUACAUUGCCUUCACGUCUACAUCCUCAAGUAGCACAUAAAAUUCAAGAAUUAGUAUCACAGGGAAUAGAACAAGUGUAUGCAGUUAGGAAACAGCUAAGAAAAUUUGUGGAAAGGGAACUCUUCAAACCUGAUGAAGUACCUGAAAGACAUAAUUUAUCCUUUUUUCCAACUGUAAAUGAUAUAAGAAAUCACAUUCAUGAGGUACAGAAAUCCUUGAGAAAUGGAGAUAAUGUAUAUAACUCAGAGAUUAUUCCAGCAACGCUUCAAUGGACUACAGAUAGUGGGAAUAUUCUCAGAGAGACUGUGACAGUUACACUUGCAGAAGGUAAUUCACAAGGAGAAUCAGUUUCCAGCAAAGUGGAAACAAGUCAGACAAGGAAUUCUUUGUCUCCUGAACCAGCCCACUUGCUCUCCUCCCUUUCUUCAUUUCAGCCAAAAAUAUUCACACACCUGCAGGGUUUGCAGUUACAACCAAGAUUCACUUCUGAUGGAUCACCAGCUCUAAUAUCAGUAAAUAACCACCCCUCCUCCAGUCCUACAAGACUCCUGGAUUCAGUAGGAAGUGCUGUAAUGAAUAAUAAUUCUCUACUGCUUGGUCAGACUCAUUGCCUUCAAACAGAUACACCUCUAACCCCAAACAGUAGUAUUUCUUCUACCAUGAGUAACCUUCCAGGACCAGAUCAAAAUUUGGUUGCAGUGGAUCAGCUGGUAGAAGUUGAAGAUGUUGAAGAUACAGAGACUCUGGAAGGAAAUGUUCAUCGGAUUCUAUUGGGAAAUGUGCAGACCAUACCAAUACAGAUUAUAGACAGCCCGCCAGUUCUUAUUGAAGAAAAUUCAGAAGGUACCAUUUCUGUGAACCAAGUUAAGCAAGAACCCAAAGAACCAGCAUUGUCUCUGGAAGCAAAACCAAAUUUGGACUGUAAGAAAUUAUCUGCUACAUAAAUUAUUGAAGCUUUUCAGAAUUUACAACUCUGGUGACUUCUGAUGUCGUAGAAAAAGAAGGUGAAUGUUAUCAAAGCACAACGUUGUGAUAAGUGGACUGAAGACUGGGUCAAUGAGCAGCUUUAAUUCAAAACUGACAUUUGUUGCUAACUCCCUAUUUUUACCUUAAGAGAUAUUUUACUCUUAUUUUAUAUAAUUCGUAUACUUUUUGAUUAUCAUAUAAGGCCAGUAUUUCAGAAGAUCAUCUGAACUUAUCCACAGUGAUACAAUCUGAACACAAAUAGUUAUCUAAUUCAUCGUUUGAAAAUAUCUAAUUUUGGUUCUUAAAAAAGAACAUCAAAAACAGUAUGUGAGUAUAUAUGUGUGUGUGUGAUGAUUUUUUUAAGUUUUAAAAGAACUUUAAAGUUACGAAGAAAAAUUUUAAGUUAACAACAAGAGAAUAUCUGAAGUCUGUCUCAUUCGGAAAGAAAAACCAACAGAUUUUGCGUCAUAAUAUUAAGCCCAACAUUCACAUCUGUGAAAACUAUGUAGUUGCAUUUUAACUUCUGCGAUAACUAGAAACAAGUAGUAUACCAAUGGUCAUCUCAUAGAAAUUUACUGUGUCAUGGUUAAGUACUGAGAAUUUUAACUUGAGUCAAAUAAGCAAGAGAAAUAAAUGCCUUUUGAAUGGAUUAUAUGUGUUAUAGUUAAAAAUACUACUUAUUGGGUUGAAAAUGUAGAAAUGGAGAGAAUUCAGAAAGAAUAAUAGAAUUCCCUGGUGUUUAUAGAUAAUCGGGAAUUUUUUGAUAUCAGCAGAAGAUGUUUUUUUCCUAUUUUGUAUUAAAGAAUCAGCUCUGGUUAGAGAAGAAUUUGAGUUGUACUUAUUUUUCUGUGGCAGAGUUCUUAAUAAAUUGAUGGUAUUUGAAAGAUAGUAAUCUUUCAAGGUAAAGAUUUAUAGUUUAAAAUUUAGCUCAUAUUUAAAACUUUAAAACAACUAGUGUGUUAUAUUUGCUUGUUGAAUAAGCAUAUUUACUUCAAAUACUAAAUACAUACUAAUCAGUAUAUUCAUUAUAAGCUUCUCUUUUCUGGAAGGUUGGUAAAUUAGAAAUGUCAAUUACAGCUAUCAAGAAAUCAACCUAAAGCCUUCUCCCACCGCCCCCCACCCCGAGACCUUUUGUGGGUAUAUUUAAAUUUUCAUUUAAAAAAUAAUAAUUUCCAAUGCAUAUUAGUGUUUAAUAUUCAAGGCAUGCAGCAUAUGAAAUUUAAAUUUAGUACUUUAUAUGACUGUGACUCUUUUUGGCUUUUCUAAGUCCAGUCUCACAUUCUUAAUUCACUUUAAUUGUUUCAGGUACACAACAUGUAUCUAAGUAUAAAGCACUGUUAUGUUAGAAGUAGAUAGAAUUCUAAAAUUCCUUGCUCUUUAUAUUUAAGCCCUAUUUAACAUAAAAUUUAUUAUUUAUACCUCUAUUUAAUGCAAACUUAAUAUUCAGUUACAUACAUGAUUUUUUUCAUGAUUUUUUAAAAUAAGAAUUGCUUUUCCUUUUCCUAAGAAUCGAAAAUACUUGAUGUCAGCAUUUAUAGAGGCAGGCUGCCAAAUCUAUGUUGUGUGUGCAUGUGUGUGAAGUCAAUGCUAAGCUGAACACAACUCUUAGUUACCUCAAACCCAGAUUUUCUUUGUGUGUACUUAAUGGGCAUAAGUCCAAAUUAAUUUAUAGUUUAAUAUUGCAUUGUGGGUAAUAUUCUUUUCAUUUGUUAUUUCUAGUUUUUAUGGAAACUUUUUUCAGUAUUUCAAAUCAUAGAUCUUUACUUUUCACUAAUGACAAUAGAUAAUUAGAGUUUCUUGAGCUAUAUUCCUUUGGAGACAUUCCUUGCUUUUUGAUGUUGAGUUGUUAAGGAGAGAUGCUUAUUAAGAUACAGACUCUAGUCAGUUACCUAGGAGGAUGAGAGAUGGUAGAGGAUCCAGACUUUGGCUCCUGAAAAAGAACAAAACAUAGUUUUAAAACACUUCUCACUUCAUUCUAUGCGACUGUCUCUUCUGACAUUUUUUUCAUGAGAACAAAAAGUUGCAGUACAUCCUCCCCACAGACAAAAAGAGAAAGAAAAAAAAGAGCAUGAAGGUUUAAAUCCCUAAUUGUAUACUCUUUUGGUUUUUAGGUAGGAACUGGAACUAUCCAUAUUUUCGUGUAAGUAUUUUAAUGAGUAGCUCUUUGAAAAUGCUUUCUAAAUUAGUUUUUAGAAAUUCAUUUCUAAAAUUGAAAUGAAGAGGAGAAAUUCAUUUCUCCUCUAAAUGCAUGUUCAGUUACAGUAUAUCAGUAUUUUAUUUUAAAGGUGCUUAGCAUUGCUUUUUACAAAGUAUGUUUACAUAUUUUCAAUAUUCAGCUAAUUUUUAAAUGCACAGGGUAUUAAACAUAGCGCAUAGAGUUUUUAGUAUCUGUAUUUGGCAUUCUCCUAACAACUCUACAGCAAAGUUUGAUAUAUGUUCUUUUGUGUCAUGUAUUACAAGGUGUAAUAUCUGUAGUAGAAAGUUUGGUGUUCAAAACAAGCAGUCAGAAUUCAUUAUUACAGCUGAGCUUGUUUCUUCAUUGUGGUUGUCAUGUUCCAAGCCUCCAAGGGAACAUUAUAUAUGCUACAGUGACUUAUAGAUAAACACAGCCAUGGUGGGUCUGUCCCUCAAUUUUCUAUAUAAGUGGUUAACAUACUUAAAAAGCUUUUAUGUCUUAUACAAGGUAAAUGUUUCCUAAAAGUCACAAAAGUAAUAGAAAAUAGACUUGAUGAUAUGGUCCUGCAUUAGAGUUUCUAAUCUUGAGGCCUAGCCGUAUGUGUUCCAUCUUUAUAUCCUGUCAAAAUACAUACUUAAUCAUGUGAAUAUGAGAAAGAUGCAGUUUAAUUUUAUACCAGGUUUUUUAAAAAGUUUAAAAUGUGUGUAUAUAUAUAUAUGUGUGUGUGUGUGUAUAUAUAUAGUAACUUAAUGUUUAGUGUCCUUGUUAUAAUGUAAUUUUUUUCAUUAAAAAAUCUUGUGUUGUUUUUUAUCUUACGUUUGUUAAUUUUCUUUUUAUACAUUUCCUGGGCAUCGUGGUAAUUUUGUUCAUCUUGAAGAUGCUAAAUAAACACAUUAAUACCUGAAAA